AUGUAUAAGAUCAUCACAAAGAUAAUAUCAAAGAAGUUAAAGCGGGUUCUGCUAGAAUGCAUCAGUCCGAAUCAAGCUGCAUUCUUAAAAGGUAGAAGCUUGGGUGAAAAUGUUUUGCUGUCCACAGAGCUUAUAAGGGAUUAUCAAAAGGCUACUUGUCAAAGAAGCUCCAUGCUCAAGGUUGAUAUACGAAAGGCAUUUGAUACGGUCACUUGGGACUUUGUUCUUAAGGUUCUUGAAGCGCAGGGGUUUCUUCCUCUAUUCAGAACCUGGAUACGUGAGUGUAUAUCAACGCCUAGAUUCUCGGUUGCAUUUAAUGGAGAACUGGCUGGUUUUUUCAGGGGCAAAAAAGGGCUAAGGCAAGAAGACUCUAUCUCUCCAUAUCUUUUCAUUAUGGUUAUGGAAGUGUUGUCUAAACUUCUGGAGAGAGCUGCUGAAAAUAGGCAAUUUCGUCUACACCCGAAAUGCGAAGAUCCGAGACUCACUCAUAGACAGGAGUCCUUACCAAACGUUAAUUUGUCUCGUCAUAUGGAACAUUAG